AUGACACCACUGAUGCUUGCAGCACAGAAUGCUCAUAAACAAGUGUUUGACUUUCUCGUGGGGCAAGGAGCCAGUAUGUCAAUCAUGAGUAGAGCUGAGAUGAGCAUCCUUCAUGUGGCAUGUGAAGGGAGAAAUAUUCCAAUAGUGAAGUAUGUCCUCGAACAGAACGUGACAGACAUCAACAGUAGAAGACGGGACGGGUCGACGGCAGCCAUGUUAGCAGUUUUAAGGGGACACGGAGACGUAUUUAACUUGCUGCUGAGUAAAGGUGCUGAUCUAACACUAUUUGAUGACAAGGGGUCUACUUUUGUGGAUCAGGCCAUUCGGGGAGGAAAUACUGAGAUAGUAGAGUAUGUAUUGAAACAGAACAGUGUGGACAUAAACAGGAAACACUGCGGGCUGACACCUGUCAUGCUUGCAGUACUUAACGGGAAACUAGACGUGUUUAAUUUCUUAGUGCAAAAAGGCGCUGAUCUGCCAAUAAUGCAUGCUGAUCAUGAGACAAUCCUUCACAUGGCAUGUAAAGGGGGAAAUAUUGAGAUAGUGAAAUAUGCUCUCGAACAGAACACUGAUGCAAUGAGCAGCAACGGCAUGGAUGGCCAUACACCAGCAGUGAUAGCAGCAAAGAUGGGUCGCAGAGUCAUAUUCGAUUUACUUGUAAAGAAAGGAGCUAAUCUGACUAUGAAGGAAAAAAACAACAAUAUCCUUCUUAUGGCGUGUAAAGGAGGAAAUGUGGAUAUAGUAAAGUAUGUCCUCAAACAAAAUAUUGUAGACAUCAACAGCAAAAACGAAAGAGAAUUGACACCAGCAAUGAUGGCAGCACGUUGGGGACAUAAAGAAGUGUUUGACUUACUUAUCAGUAAAGGAGCAGAUAUAACUCAUGUGAGUGAAGAAGAUGAAAACAUCCUUCAUUUGGCGUGUUAUGGCGGAAAUGUGGAUAUAGUGAAGUAUGUCCUCAAACAAAACAUUGUAGACAUCAACAGCAUAGAAGAAGAAGAAAUGACAUCAGCAAUGAUAGCAACAUAUAAGGGACAAAGAGACGUAUUUUAUUUACUUGUGAGAGGAGGCGCGGAUCUGACACAUCAGGAUGAGGAUAAUUUCAACGUCCUUCAUGUGGCCUGCACUAACAAACAAACUGAAAUAGCGAAGUAUUUGAUCACAAACACAACUGUGGACAUCAACAGUGUAAACAAUCGCGGCAAGACACCUGUGAUGCUGGCGGCACUCAAUGGACUUGGAGAGGUGUUUGACUUGCUGGUAAGUAAAGGUGCUGAUCUAACAAGCGUAACUGCACUUCAGGAGAACAUUCUUCAUCUGGCUUGUGAUGGAUUAAACGUGGAGAUGGUGAAGUAUAUUCUCACACAGAAUAUUGUGGAUGACAUCAAUUCAAGAGAAUGGCUUGGGAAGACUCCACUAAUGAAUGCAGCAGAAAGGGAAAAUAAAGAAGCAUUUGAUUUACUUGUGCAGAAGGGAGCGAAUCUGACAUUAGUAGAUAACCAUGACAACAACAUUCUUCAUUUUGCCUCGAAGGGUGGAAAUUUGGAUAUAGUCGAGUAUAUUCUCGCACAGAAUAUUGUAGACAUUAACAGCAGAGAAAAAUAUGGACGGACGGCAGUAAUGAAGGCGGCCUCGACGGGGAAGAGAAACGUGUUUCACUUCCUUGUGACGAAAGGAGCAAAUCUGUCGUCCGUUGAUACAAAUGGCGACACCAUCCUACACUUUGCCUGUGAAUCCAGAAAUAUAAAUAUUGUGAAAUAUAUCCUUUCACAUGUCACUAUAGCUACUGCCGACAAAGAAAAGGUAAUUCUGGCCAAUAAGGGUGAAAGUGGUAGCUGUGCAGUGAAUGAACUUUUACUGCAAUAUUGA